GCGACCGCGCGGAGGCGGGCGGGCGGGCGGCGCCAUGAGCGGCUCGUCGGGCACCCCGUACCUGGGCAGCAAGAUCAGCCUCAUCUCCAAGGCGCAGAUCCGCUACGAGGGCAUCCUCUACACCAUCGACACCGACAACUCCACCGUGGCGCUCGCCAAAGUGAGGUCUUUUGGUACCGAAGACCGUCCCACAGAUAGGCCGGCCCCCCCGAGAGAGGAAAUCUAUGAGUACAUCAUUUUCCGGGGAAGCGAUAUCAAGGAUAUUACCGUGUGUGAACCCCCAAAAGCUCAGCACACCCUCCCUCAGGAUCCUGCUAUUGUUCAAUCUUCCCUGGGCUCGGGCUCGGCCUCCUCCUUCCAGCCACACGUGCCUUACAGCCCCUUCAGAGGGAUGCCACCCUACAGCCAGCUGGCUGCCAGCUCUCUGCUCAGCCAGCAGUACGCUGCUUCCUUGGGUCUAGAGAAGCUGGUGAGCCCUCCAGCCUCGGCCGCAGCUUCCAGCCCUAGUUCUUCUCCAUCUCCACAGCCCGCCUCAGAGCUUGACAUGUCCUCAGAGCCACAUCAGCUCACUUCCAAGGGAGCUGGUUUUCCAUCCGUCCCCGUCGGCAAGAGCCCCAUGGUGGAGCAGGCUGUCCAGACUGGUUCUGUUGAUAACCUGAGCACCAAAAAGCUGUUACCUGGCAAGGGCCCUGUGGGGAUGCAGCUCAACGGGCGCCCCGCCCAGCCAAGCAGCAAGACCACCAGCGAUGUAGUUCAGCCGGCAGCUGUGCAAAGUCAAGGGCAGGUGAAUGACGAGAACAGAAGACCUCAGAGGAGGAGAUCAGGGAACAGACGAACGAGGAACCGUUCCAGGGGGCAGAACCGCCCACCUAACGUCAAGGAAAACACAAUCAAGUUUGAAGGCGACUUUGAUUUUGAGAGUGCCAAUGCCCAGUUCAACAGAGAGGAGCUGGACAAAGAGUUUAAGAAGAAACUGAAUUUUAAAGAUGACAAAGCUGAGAAAGGGGACGAGAAGGACCCAGCAGUGGUGACUCAGAGUGAUGAGGCUCCUGCUGACGAAGACCACCUGGGGCCUAACUGCUACUAUGACAAGUCCAAGUCCUUCUUUGACAACAUCUCCUCGGAGCUCAAGACCAGAGGGCCAGACACACUGCUGGGCAUCGAGGGCGCAGCACAGAACAGGCUACUUCCCCACGUUCGUAUCCCGGCAGGGGAAAACAUACACACACGCCCACAUGAGAGAGAUGCCCCAGCGAACAAGAGGGAGGAGGCCGGGCAGCGGGAGGGUGAAGUUCCAGGCGGACUACGUGGGCUGAGGAGCGGAAGCUCAACACAGAGACCUUUGGGGUGUCGGGAAGGUUUCUUCGUGGCCGUAGCUUCAGGGGUGGAUUUCGAGGGGGCAGGGGCAAUGGGACAACCCGCCGCAACCCAACUUCCCACCGAGCGGGGACUGGCAGGGUGUAAGGACGCAGCCCCAGGCACCUGCGGAGGCAGCACAGAAGUGGAGCUGGGUCUGAGGCUGUUGGAAAUCGCUGCACUUACUGGGGAGACGUGGGUCACUUUGUUUACUGAGUUCGGAAAAUUUGCGCACUACUACUUAGGUUUCGGACUUAAUUGGACUUGGACAUGGUCUGAGUUAGAACCACUUGUUUUGGGGGGAAGUAUUCAUGGGUAACCUCUUUGAGGUAUCUUGGCCUGUCUUUCCUCUUUAGUUGCGCACAGCCUGAUUCUAAGGUCUUGGUAUUUUGGGAAAAGGUUUCUAGAGCAAAAGCUUGAUCCUCACUUUGUGACUUUUUUGUGACAGCUUUGACUUUUUUAAAGUGGAACCAAAUCUCAUUUGGCAAAUGUGACAGCCAAGCGUAUCUCUGUAACCCAGCUGGCCUCUGGUGCUGCUGGCCUGGCACUCCCAUUGCCACAGGUGGGGUCUCAGGAGCCAGGCAGGGCCAGCAUGGGAGCGUGUGGGGGUGGGGGGCCCAGGGCAGGGAAAGUGGGGUGUCCCACGGAUCAUGUUGUAUAAGCAAACCAGACAACCCUUACAUCCCGAGUGGCGAUGUCAAGGUUGAGGGCUGGUGGGGUUGGGGGGGAGGGGCGGGGAGACGGGGGAAUCUUGGUGGCUUAGGAAGGGGGUCCUGAACGUGAGCUAGGCACUGUUGCUCAGAGCCUGGCUUCCACAGGAACCGGGUGGGGGCCAACGUCCAGGGCCAGCCCCCCCACGGGCUCCCCAGCCUUCCCGCCCUGCCAUCCCCUGACCCAGGCCAGUCAGUGUUGGACUCUGGCCACUGUUCAGUGUCUCAUCCACUUGGAAAUGAGCCAGUCUUUUUUGCAAAGUCGGUUGACCGAGAACCUUUUUCUUCUCAACUGUAAAUAGUUGUGUUUUUGUUUUACAUUGGGUGGAGGGAGGGUGGGGAAUAUAAAUUUGUUGCAUGAGUAAAUGGGUCAGACCUUUAGUGUAAGCAUGCGCCCUUCUGCCAGAGAGGGCAUCGUGUUGAACAUAAGCACCUUGGUAACUAAACCCCUUUACAUAGCUAUAAAGGUUUUAGUUCUGUAUUGAUUCAGUUACUGUAAAAGCUUGGGUUUAUUUUUGUAGGACUUAAUGGCUAAGAAUUAGAACAUAGCAGUGGGCUGCUCUGUUGGAGUAAUGUAAAUUGUAAUUAUAAAUAAACAUGCAAACCUUUAAAACUUU